UUUCGUGUAAACGUAUAGGUGCUCGAACCGCAAUCCACUUUCCUCAGUUAAUAAUUUAAACAUAACAUUUGUUUUACCACAAUUUGAUGGUCCACAUAUUAUGCAUCUUAUUGUGUUGGGUAACAGUGGUCCAUGUUUAGACUCGAUGGGGUCUGUAACAUCCACGACAUUAUCGACUGAUAGAGUAUGUUUCUGUUUCUCAAAAAACAUUAUUAGCACACGUUAUUACUCGUCAAAAGAAUGAGUAUAAAUGAUGAAAAAUUCAAAAAAUCUUUACAGUUAUAAAUUUAAAAUGGUGCGAACAAGACGUGCGACGAAGCGAAGUGUAGGACGUGGUAUUGUUAAUUCAAUAAUUAAUCGAUUGCCCAUUGAAAUGCAUGUUCCAGGGUAUCAGUAUUGCGGACCAGGCACAAAACUUAAUAAAAGACUAGCACGUGGUGAUCCUGGAAUAAAUAAACUCGAUGCAGCGUGUCGUGAACAUGAUAUUGCGUACGCAAGAACAAAUGAUUUAUCAGAACGGCAUUUGACUGAUUACGAGUUGGAAAAACGUGCUUGGGACCGCGUAAAAGCGAACGAUAGUUCAUUUGGAGAAAAGGCUGUUGCUUAUGUUGUUACAAAUACCAUGAAAGCUAAAAGAAAGAUUGGAAUGGGUUUUGGUGGUGUACUACGAGUUGGACGUAAAGCUAUGCGUAAUUCAAAAGAUAUUAACAGUGCGGCAAACUUAGCAUUAGCAGCAGCUCGUGUUGCUUUAAAGCAGAAACAAAAAUUUAAAACACCUCGCACUAUCAAAGUACCUAAAUUUGGUGGUGUGCUGCCACUCAUUCCUAUUUUUGCUGGACUUUCAACUAUAGGAUCGUUGGCUGGUGGAGUAUCAAGUAUUGUAAGAGCUGCACACGAAGUCAGAAAAAACGUUAAUUCGAAUAAACCAGUGAAAAUCGGUAAUGCAUUAUACUUGCAUCCAUAUGCUGGGAAAAAGAAGGGUGGUGGAUUCUAUUUGAAACAUCAAAAAAACUAGCAUUGACACUACCCAAGCGACGUGCACUCAGCGAUUUAGAUAUUAUAAAAUAUGCUGAGUCAUUCGGAAUCAGUCAUUUCCGCGGUGUCUUUUCGAGAGAUAAGUUGCCUGUCAAGCCCAAAAUAUACGAGAGUGCAGUUGUUAAUUUGGACAUUGACCGUGGGAAAGGAACGCAUUGGGUAGCGUAUUUUAAGAAAAGCAAGGACGUGGUGUAUUUUGACUCUUUUGG